AUGCCAAUAGAAAUACGGCAUAUAAUCUUACCAACUAUAAUAGAAGGAAAACAGGUAGAUUACAAGGUAUUCUGUAAUGAAAAUACAGAGAUACCCCCUUUGAAUAUAGGACAUAUCAGGAUAGAAAACCCUGUAGAAAAUGG